UCAUCGAUGGUAAUGAGACAUAGGUCUCACACUAAGCAUAACUAAUAAGCUCCCUUGCUUCGUGAGCUCGCAUUAGUGAAAGACAGACAUGAGAGCUGUGACUGUCACCCUCUGGACAGUGGCUAUGAUUGUUGGAGUUCCACCCUGCUCCUCCAUCAUCAUAGACCUAUCCUCCAAGAACCUCUCCUCAGUGCCCCCAGGCCUCCCUCCCUCCACAGAAUUCCUGGACCUCUCCUGCAACCACAUACACACUCUCCACCGCGAGGACUUCCACAACACAAGUCAUCUAGUGUUCCUCAACCUAUCCUGGAAUGUCCUGGAAGCGAUCCACCCUGAGACGUUUCAUCCGACCCCACUGCUCAAAGAAUUGGAUCUCUCACAUAACAGGCUGCAGAACCUGUCGGAUCAGACAUACCUGCUGCAUACCCCCAACCUAAAGGACCUGGACCUGGCCUUCAACGGGUUUGUCACCAUGGCUCUGGGGAAGGAGUUUAGGUCCCUGAAGAACCUGCUGUACCUCAGUCUUGGAGCAGAUGAAAUCAGGGUGGGGGACUUUGCUAACAUAGCCAAUUUGACAAUGAAAUGUCUGACCCUUCAACUGAACGGACUCACAACUUACGAAGAAGGGAGCCUGAAGAAUGUCCGGCUGCGUAGAAUUCGAAUCGGCCUGACAACCAACACUGACACUGACAAGGGGUUGUUAACGGAUGCUCUACUGAUGUUCACAGAGGUGGAGCUGACAAGUUUGAAGGGAAACUAUAUGUAUCUGCCAGAAAUUCUCAAAGAACGAGGUGCGGUGACCACCACCCAUCUUUACUUGACCCACGUUACGACAAGCUGGGGGCAGGUGACAGACACCAUCAACACUGUGUUCCAUUCUCCAAUUGCCCACUUGACCGUCACGGAUAUCAAAAUCAGCCUUCCGCCCAUGAAUGAAACUCUGGUGAGCCGCAAAUCCAACACCCAAUCGUUUAGCCUCUCACGGGCAACGGUCGGCAGUUUUAUAUUUUCCCAGGAGGCCCUCUACAACUUUUUCAUUAACAUGCCAGUGGAGAACCUGGCCAUUGAGGAGUCAUCCUUCAUUCACAUGACCUGCCCAAAGGCACCCAGUGGAAUCCACCAGCUGGACUUUACAAAUUGUGCCCUUUCAGACACGGUCUUCUCGAGCGUGGUCAGGGAGGAGACGGUGGAGUGUCGAAAUCUUGACCGAGUGGUCACCUUGGUUAUGAGCGGAAACAACCUCAAGAGCCUACAGGUUCUAAGCAAACGUUUGCAGUAUAUGAGUUCCCUGCGUCAACUGGACCUGAGUCUUAACUCGUUGCGUUAUACCAGUCGGGAAGAGAAGAAAGAGUGUUUCUGGCCCCAGAAUAUCAUCAAACUGGACCUAUCCUCCAACAGGCUGAGUCAAGACGUGUUCAGCUGCCUGCCCGAAGGUAUCGUUACACUGGACCUCCAAAAUAAUCAAAUAUCCACAGUCCCAAGUGUCAUGUUGAAACUCAAGUCCCUAUCUACCCUGGACCUGAGUGCCAACCUGUUGCGGGACCUACCAGUGUGUGGUGGAUUUCCAAACAUAAAGGUACUACUCCUGAGGACAAACAUUAUUCACGCACCAACGGUGAGACUCCUAAAGGAAUGCCCUUGGCUGGAGAAACUAGACGUCAGCAGAAACCCCUUCAUCUGCACAUGUGCCGUGAGGCGUUUCAAGCAGCUGGGUGCUGAACAGGUAGCAGGUGAAGAUCAAGCGAUCAAGCUUCUCCAAUGGCCUCGGGGCUACUACUGCAGCUACCCCCGAACUUUGAAGGACAAGACCCUGGAGGAGUUCUGGCUCCCCGACAUCUCCUGUAGCGUUGGUCUCUUGGCGGCGGCCAUCUUGUGUCCGGCUGUGGCUCUGAUCGUUGUCGUGUUGACACUGUGCCGCCGCUUUGACGUCCCGUGGUACCUGGGCAUGAUCUGGCAGUGGAGCCGGGCCAAGCAUCGCGCUCGGACCGAGCAGAUCCGACCCGAGGACCUGGAAGGGGUGCUUUUCCACGCCUUCGUCUCCUACAGUCAGCACGAUGCCGAAUGGGUCAAGGGUCAACUCCUGCCCAACCUGGAGGGCUCGGCCAGCGCCCUCCACAUCUGCCACCACAAGAGGGACUUUGUCCCAGGGAAGACGAUCGUGGAGAACAUCCUCCGCUGCACCGAGAGGAGCAGGCGCUGCGUGUUCGUCCUGUCGCCCCACUUUGUGCGCAGCGAGUGGUGCCACUACGAGCUGUACUUUGCCGGCCACCAGGGCCUGACGUGCCAGUCCCACAGUGUGAUCCUGGUGCUGCUGCAGCCCCUGCCUCAGUACAUGAUCCCCUCCAAGUACCACCAGCUGAAGGCCAUGAUGGCCAAGCACACCUUCCUGGAGUGGCCCCAGGACAGGGCCAAGCACAGGCUGUUCUGGGCCAACCUGAGGGCUGCCCUGCAGGCAGACCUGCCCAACGCACCAGUCAGGGACAUGGACUAGUGAGUGGAGAAAUCUUUGUUCUCCACACUGGGGCCAUUCAUUUAGCAGCCAACAGUUAAAAAACGAAGAACUUUAAGGUUUGGUCCACAUACUGCUAAUAGGACCUUACAUUUGUUGUACUAUGAAGACAUAACAGAAACAAAAACAAUAUCACAGUUAAACAGUUCUAGUCCACACCCCCUCCGGUUAUACUUCCAACAAAAAAAAAAGUUCCCUCCUCGCCCAGAGGGAAGGAGGGAAAACUCAGAAUACAAAGGGUCCUGAAGAAUAUCCUGAGCUUUCCCAAAGACCCUCUUCUGAUAG